AUGCGAACAUCGGAUUGGGACAGCAUGGGAAUGAAAAUUGAUGGCCGGCAAUUACACCAUCACUUUGCUGAUGACAUCGUCCUUAUAACACCAAGCAUUAGCCAGGCGGAAUGGAUGCUUGCCGACUUUGAUAAGGCCUGUGGAAAGAUUGGUCUUCGACUAAAUCUCACAAAAACGAUGUUCAUGAGGAACGGAUUGGUUUCUUAUGCCCCAUUCACGCUCAACGGAACGAAUAUCUCCGAAUGCCCUGUUACGUCUAUCUCGGUCGAGAAUUCAACAUAA